AUGUGCAUUGUUGCAUGGCUUUGGCAAGAUCAUCCUCUCUACCCACUAAUCCUUUUGCACAAUAGAGAUGAGUUUCAUGAUAGGCCUACGGAUCCGGUGGGAUGGUGGGGAAAGGGCACCAAGAUCUUGGGAGGAAGGGAUGGCUUAUGCGGCGGAACAUGGUUGGGUUGCACGAGGGAUGGAAGGUUGGCUUUCCUCACCAAUGUGUUGGAGCCUGAUGUCCUCCCCUGCGCAAGAACAAGAGGAGACUUGCCUCUUAGGUUUCUUCAGGGGAGGAUGAGCCCACUAGAAUUUGCAGAGGAAUUGAAGGAGGAAGCAAAUGAGUAUAAUGGGUUUAAUCUCAUAGUUGCUGACAUUUCUGCUAAGCUCAUGGUUUAUGUAUCAAAUAGACCAAAAGGGGAACCUGUUACUAUACAAAUGGUCUCACCAGGCCUUCAUGUGCUUUCAAAUGCGAAAUUGGACACCUCCUGGCAUAAGGCACAAUGCCUUCGCACGGGUUUCAUCAACCUAAUUCUAAAUUAUGGAGACGAAGAGGUUAUCCAUCCCAAAGACAUGAUCGAGAAGCUCAUGUGUGACACCACAAAAGCUGAUAGAGAAAGCUUGCCCAACACUGGCUGCGAUCUGGACUGGGAACUCAAUUUGAGCUCCAUUUUUGUUGAGGUCAAGACCAAACUAGGACUCUAUGGAACAAGGAGCUCUGCUGCUUUGACUGUGAAAGCAGAUGGAAAUGUUAGCUUCUAUGAGAAAUACUUGGAGAAUGAAGUGUGGAAGGAGCACACUGUGGCAUAUGAUACCGAGAAGAUACGUUAG